AUGGCAAAAAAUCUGACAAGGGACGUUCGGAAAUCUGUCGCAAUGGCAAUCGAUACACUAGAAGAGCAAACUUGUAUCCGAUUCAAAGAAGUCGACGAUGAUCAGAGUGGAGAUGUCGUGAGAAUCGUUGAUUUGGGAUCUUGUUCAUCGCCAAUUGGUCGACUCAAUAUUGGAGUUCAAGACGUUUCGCUCACAAAAAAUUGCUGGGGUAUGGGAACUGCAAUUCAUGAGCUGAUGCAUGCAAUUGGCAUCGAGCACACGCAAUCAAGAAGCGAUAGAAACACUUAUCUUGAUAUUAAUUAUCGGAAUAUUGAUAGAGAAAAUCUUCCAAAUUUCGAAUUACUUUCACCGAGAUUAUGGUCAAAUUUGGUUCCAUAUGAUUAUGGAAGCGUAAUGCAUUAUUCAGCAGAUUCAUUUUCAAACUCUGAUGGCGAAAUGACAAUGCUUCCAAAGAAUCGCGAUUUUGUCGAAACAAUGGGAAGUAUGAUCCCAAAUUUUUAUGACUUUGAUCAGAUUAACAAGUAUUAUGAGUGUUACGACAAUUGUGAGAAUAAGAAGAAUGUAGCGAAAUGUUCGCAUGGCGGUGUGCCAAAUCCCAAUGACUGCUCAAAAUGCAAUUGUCCGAUGGGAUAUGGUGGUGAUCUCUGCGAUAAAAGGCCUGACGGUUGUGGAAAGACAUUGCGAGCUUCAUCCUCAUGGCAAACGGAGAAGUUAGGUGUGAAAUUUAGUAAAAACGAUGAUCAAUAUUAUACAUUUUGCAAUUAUUGGAUCGAAGCUCCGAAAAACUCGACGAUUCUUAUUAGGUAUCAAAUUUCUUCGGAACUGACUCGACGAAGGAUAUGCGAAUUCGGGUGUUACGAUGGAGGUAUCGAAAUCAAACAUUUGGCAGAUCCUCGAAUAACCAGCGAUAGGGAUUGCUGUAUGGAUACGGCAUUGAAUGUCACAACCACAAUGAAUCCUGUUCCUGUCAUUUUGUACACUGCAAGUGCCACUAUCGAAUUCGACGUUUCCUAUCGAUUCGUUUAA